AUGACUAGAAAAAAGGUGAAGCUUGCUUUCAUUGAGAAUGAUACCUCAAGGAAAACAACAUAUAAUAAAAGGAAGAAGAGUUUAUUAAAGAAGGUUGAUGAGCUAACAACUCUUUGCGGAAUCGACGCGUGUGCUAUAAUUUAUAGCCCAUAUGAUCCUCAACCUGAGAUUUGGCCAUCGCCGUGGGGAGUUCAAAAGGUGCUUUCAAAAUUCAGGGCAAUGCCUGAAUUAGAACAAAGCAAAAAGAUGGUCAAUCAGGAGAGUUUUCUGAAACAAAGUAUUUUGAAGGCUAAAGAGCAAGUUAAGAAGCAACAAAAAGACAAUAAAGAGAAACAAACAACCAUGCUAAUGUUUCAAUGUCUUAAUGCUGGGAUGAUUGUGCAGAACAAUAUGUCGGCGGGUGAUCUGAAUGAGCUUGCUUGGAUGAUUGAUCAAAAUCUGAAGGAGAUUGGUAAAAGGAUAGAACCAGGUGAGAACCAAAUCAAUAUUCAUCAAAAUCAAAGUGGAAGUCAAAUUAUGACGGCUCAAAGCCAUGCCCUACUCCAAAUGGCACCGCCGUUACCACCGCAGCCGCCACCAAACACAUUUAAUAAUGAUGAAAUUGCAGUGAUGGGUCAUGGUCAAGUUGGGAUGGCUAUGAACAAUAAUGACAUCAUUCAAAGGAAGUUGUUUCUGGACAUGAUGAUGAAUGGUGGUGGAAAUGAAAAAAUUCCAUUUGGUUAUGAUGCCAAUAUUCAGAGUGGGUUUUGGCCUAAUCGAUUAUCUUGAAUCAAAUCGUGUGAUUGUGGACUUGUUGUUUCAUAUCCUUU